AUGUUUCUGACUUGUUGUCCUAAUCUUUACUCUAUGUUGCUGAAGACGCAAAUUAACUUGAUUGACAAUGAAAUUCUACUAUCCCUGGAUUUAUAGCCCCCUUACAAGGCUAUCCUAAAGAAAGACUUCUUACACAUUUACAAGGAUGAAGAACCUUUAUUCUCUCUACCAUUAUCGUAUCCCAAUCUUAUUAGUUGGCAAUUCCAAAGAGGCUUAGUAGGCUUUAUGAUCAGCAACACAAUUUAUUUCACCGACUAAGCCUAUAAGUUGAAGGAAUUCCUAAAUGGGAAACUAUUUUUUUCAAGAAUCCAAGACUUCUACACUCCCUUGCAGGUCCUAGGUUAAGGUAGUUCAGCUAAAGUCUUAUUGGUUAAAUCUAAGCAGGCUGACUAAUAUUUUGCAGCCAAAUGUGUUGAAAAGAAUGAGCUAAUGUAUUAGGAAAUCGAAAUUAAUAAUGAAUUAGAUCACCCUGCAUUUGUCAAAGUAAAGGAAGUCUUCUAAGGAGACACCAGUUACUACAUAAUAAUGGAUUUAUUAUCUGGAAAAAACUUGCAGUAACUCAUGAAAAAUUAACAUGUUGACUCAGAAAAUAAUGCAUGUAAAUUGAUAGUUAAAUAGGCUUUAUUAAGUGGGAUUGAACAUAUGCACUAAAAAAACAUUAUGCACAGAGACAUCAAACCAGAAAACAUAGUUUUACAAAAAAAUAACAAUUUAACUACACUCAAAAUAGUUGACUUUGGUUUAGCAACAUACACUACAUUAAAAAAAUUUAAAUAUCCCAAAUGUGGAACUCCAGGGUAUGUUGCUCCAGAAAUUGCCAAUCUGACAGACAAGGAUGCCACGUAUAGUUCUAAGUGUGACAUCUUCAGUGCUGGAGCACUAUUUUUUAAACUCUUGACUGGAAGGGAUGUUUUUCCUGGAACAGGGUUUAACUUUGUGUUGUAAUUAAAUAAGAAAUGUCACAUUGAUUUUUCUAUUCUUACUUUAAAGAAAGUACCACCGAAUGUUAUAGUAAUCAAUUUUUAAUAUUGA